CUGGUUGUAUUGUCGUGUCAACGCCGGACGUAUUGGUAGUUUCAUGCUAACAGCACCGGUCAACCGUCAAAACCCUGUUCAGGAUAGACUGGCUCACCUGACAGCUAACGCAGCGUUACAAUCAGGGUGAUGGGGCCAGACAGUGUCCCAGGUCCAGCUGUGCCCUGGCGGAAGGUGCUGUGGGAGCGCCAGCCAUUCCCAGAUAACUAUGUGGACCAGCGGUUCCUGGAGGAAUUGCGGAGGAAUGAGGGCAUCCGGCAGUACCGCUACUGGGCUGUGGUGAAAGAAGCAGGCUUUGUGGGACAGCAGCUGUCCUGUGUGGCCAUUUUUAUCACCCUUUGGCUCUACAUGGAGCAGGGUCUGCUGCCCCCUGAGACGCUGUUGUGGACCAGCCUGGUCUGCGCCCUGCUGGGUUAUGGACUGCACCAAGCCUUGACGUCUCAAGUUGAAUCAGGCUGUGAGCCUCGGACCCGUCUGGCUGACUUACAGAGUGCCGCUAUUUUUCUUUCCUUCACCUUUGGAUUCUCACCAGUUCUAAAGACACUAACAGAGUCUGUGAGCACCGACACUGUGUAUGCCAUGUCUGCUGUGAUGCUGCUGGCCCACCUGGUGUCAUUCCCGUACGCCCAGCCCUCACCCCCUGGCAGCCUCUCCCUAAAUGCAGCCCUGUUUGCCUCAGUGUGUUUAGCCUCGAGGUUGCCCGGGGCUCUGCACACCUUUGCCAUGCUCAGCUGUGCCCUGAUGGUGUUUGCCCUGUGGCCCUGCCUGCUGCAGAGGUUGAGGGAGAACGCCCCUAGCCAGUUUAUGGGGUUGUGUGUGGUUGUGUGUAUCGGAGGGGUAGGUGGCCUGGGGUCCCAGUCGCCAGGGGGAGCCGUGCUCUUAGCCCUGGCCUUGGGGAGUGUUACAUUGCUCUGCCCGCUUCUGCUAGUGAGGCUGCAGAGACACAAGGACAACAUCCAGGGACCCUGGGAUGAAGCUGAAAUUCACGAGGACCUCAGCCACUUCCUUAACUAAUGGACCGAGCAAAGAGGAGCACAUGGUGCAAGCCAAUUGAGAAUUUUAUAUGAAUGAAUUUACUGUCAGUCUGCAGUAUUAAGUUGGUGCUGUACAUCUAAACUAACAAACUCUUUUAUCAUUGGUCCACAUCUGUUUAAAGUAUAAAGUAUAUCUUCUGCUUCUUCUGCUUCUGCUUCUGCUGGGACAGCCCUGACAACAUGUCUCUCGCUGAGAAUAUGAAGAUGCUUUUAAUGUCCAAGCUGCUAUUGUCUUAUAAAACCUCAGGAUUUUAUAUAAAAGGUAUCAACUAAUGUGCAAUGCUGACUCAUAUAACUGGACACAUUCUGAUGCUGUGCACCAAUUUGCUGUCAGUGAUUUUUUAAUAAUCUGUUGGAGACGUUGCAUGCGCUUGGUAUGUUGUAGAUGUGUAUGAAUGAACAGGCGUGUUAAAAUCAAACAUUACAAGUACAAAUUAAUAUUUUAAAUGGUUUUGCAAUAAGAAAAAUCACGAGUGUAAGUUAUUUAAUAAAAUAGUAUUGUUUAAGCUGCACUACAGUUCAAGUGUAAUGCAACAGUAAUGAAAUUAUAGCUUAAAAUGUAUUGUUGGUGAUACAUGGUGCUCACACAGUGAUCUGAAAGUCAAAAUUCUAUCAGAUGGGCGAUCCUGGAACCAAAUCUUUUCAAAUGGGGGUCCAUGGUCAGUUUAGGGGUCCUUGAGCUGAAAAAGUUUGAGAACCACUGUUUGACAAGGAAAUUUGGUUAUGGAAUCAAGGAAUCAUUUGAUUAUGAUUCUUAAAUAUUGACAAUACAGUUUAAAUAGUGUUUUGUAUGGAGGGCCAGUUUGCCUGUCAACAAUUUAACAAAACAAUAACAGCUUUUAUUUUUAUUAACCUUAUUCCUGUUCAUCACAAAGGGCGGGGAAGUGCUGCUUUCUCGGGUUCAUCCGCCAUGUUGCAUUCCCGGCCGCGCCCCUGUCAGUGACGUCACAAUGGCGUUGCUAGUUAAUGAGAAACACCUGUUGAAAUUGCCUUUCAGCCCGUACAGAGCAGCACAGCGGUGUUUGGAUGACCUCUCAGAUUUUUCAGCGUGAGCACCAUGUUCACACACAUGCCCCUUUUCUUCCAUUUAUUCAGCAUCCCAUGAGAGGAAGACUGGAAUUGUUGUCGCUCGUUUAUUUUUUGUUUUAUUUGUUUGGUCUUGUUUUUGUUUCAAAAUAAUAAAGACCAGCAAACGUUAC